AUGAGCGUCAAACACCUGAAAUCUGCUGUCUUGACGGCGACGCCUGCUUCUUCGGAACGCGUAUCACAGAUCGUCCACGGCGUUAUUGAUGAUAUCCGGAGAAACGGCGACAAAGCAUUGCGGGCAUAUUCAGAAAAGUUCGACAAGUGGUCUCCCGCAUCCUUCAAACUAUCAGCAGAACAAAUCCAGGAUAGUAUCUCAAAAGUACCCAAGCAAACAAUCGAGGACAUCAAGCAAGCGCAAAGCAACGUCCGUCGUUUUGCGGAAGCGCAGCGGGCGAGCAUCAAGGAUUUCGAAGUCGAGAUCCAACCGGGCGUGUUUCUGGGCCAGAAGAACAACCCCAUCAUAUCUGCUGGGGCUUACAUCCCCGGCGGCCGCUAUCCUCUUCUCGCUUCAGCCCACAUGACCAUUCUCACAGCCAAAGUCGCCGGCGUCAAGAACGUCAUCGCCUGCACACCGCCCAUCGGCGGCGAGAUCCCGCACGCCACCGUCGCCGCCGCGCACCUCGCCGGUGCGGACGAGAUCUUCAUCGUCGGCGGCACGCAGGCCAUCGCCGCCAUGGCCAUCGGCACCGAGUCGGUGCGGAGAGUCGACUUCAUCGCCGGGCCGGGCAACGCCUUCGUGGCCGAGGCCAAGCGCCAGCUGUUCGGCGAGGUCGGAAUCGACCUGCUCGCGGGGCCGACGGAGGUCUUGAUCGUCGCGGACGAUGCGGCGGACGCGUUCACGGUGGCGACGGACUUGUUGUCGCAGGCGGAGCAUGGGCCCGAUACGCCGGCGAUACUCGUCACGACGAGUGAGGCGUUGGGCCGCGAGACGAUGGCGUAUGUUGAUGAGAUUCUGAAGAAGAUGCCUACGGCGGAUCUGGCUGGCACUUCGUGGAGGGAUUGGGGCGAGGUCGUGGUUGUUGAUUCGCUUGACAAGGCAUAUGAGGUUGCCGACAGCUAUGCCAGCGAGCAUGUGCAGAUUCUGACGCGGAAUCCGAGGGAGGCACUUGAGAAGAUGACUAAUUACGGGGCUUUGUUCUUGGGAGAUAAGACAUGCGUUUCAUAUGGAGACAAGUGCAUUGGCACCAACCAUGUCUUGCCAACACGGAAGGCGGGACGGUACACUGGUGGCCUAUGGGUUGGGAAAUACCUCAGGACUCAGACGUACCAGGAAGUCGUCGAUGAAAAGGCGAGCGGAGAACUCGGACGACUCUGUGGCAGGUGCGCUCGCGCGGAGAACUUCGAGGGGCACGCUAGAUCAGGGGAUCUCCGUGCCAGGAACUACCUUGGCGACUCGUAUUCUUGGAUUGAAGAUGCGAUGAAGUCUGGUGUGAGGUUGUAA